CCCGCAACACGGCACCGGAGCCAGACCGCGCCAGACCACCAGAGAUACCGCCUCAUGCCAACUUGAUCGCGGCGGACGAUGCUGCAGGCCAUCGCUACCCACCGCCUCGUGAGCCACGAGCACCGUCCCCCAGUGCGCCAUGGUGGAAUCGGGGCCCCGAAGGCGACGACCAGCACACGGGAGCGUGGCAUCAGCUCAAGACUUACCCGCGAUGGCUGCGCAUCAACUUCAAAAUCACCCGGUGGACAAUCUUCCUCAUCAUCCUCCCGGCCGUCUGCAUCGCCAAGUUCGCCUCGAUAGUCCGGGACGACCUAUCCGACGAGUGCGUCUUCCCUGUCUUUAUUUGUCCGCCCACGCUGGCGACCGUCUGCUGAUCAUAGGAAAUAAUAGCCCGUACGACUGGAACUGCGAGAACCAUUACUUUGCCAACGCCUCCGAGCCGUGGGACGCGUCCCUCUACAACCCCCCGCCCGGCUCCGGGCGGUAUCACAGCCAAUGCCGUGGUCUCUAUGCCUGGGCGCAGCUCACCCUCGCCGUGGGCAUCCUCUCGUGUCUGCGGGCCCUCUACCAAAUUCUCAAGACGGGCAUCUUUGACAGCUACACAGACUCUACGAAAAGGUCAGCAGAGCAUGGAAACAAGCUGCGGCGUGCAACAGCAGACGCCAUGGAGCUCGUCGGCGCGUUCGCCUCGGCCGUCGCGGCGGUGCUCUACCUCGUCAGCGCCGUGCUCCUCGGCACGAGCAGGCUCUUCACUGGUCCGCGUACCGAGGGCGAGUGGUACAAGCCCCUGUACGUGGCCUGCCUGUCACUCGUCUGUCUCAAUUGCGUCGCUUCCACGCACCAGGCCGUCAUCCUGACACUGGCCGGCUACGUGCGCAGGAGAAGGAGGCGUUGGGCGGCGCACACAGCACUCGACGUGCAGCAGCAGCAGCGGUAUCAGAUCUCAUAUAUUUCAUGACAAUAGAGCAAAAUGCCCUCUAGACGCCCGCAUCUAAGCUACAUCAAUGUGACGACUGCCCCUGAAUAAUACAAUGGGCCGCGCACACGCUUAUAUUCAACGUGCCAA